AUGAGAACUCCGCCUUCUCUGCUCUCUCUCACAAUUGACUCAGCUCUCUUCAACCUAUCCAGCAUAUCCGAUCUCUCAACUCUCCCUGAACACAUUCUCAUCGAUCUCUUCCUGAAAACUCUGAGAGCUGGAAAGCUAAAUGAGAAAGUCUUGAAGCUCUUCAAAGCAACUGGCAAAGAUGAAAUUCUCUCACUAAUCCAGGCACUUAAUAUUCGGCAUACCCUCACCCCUGUCUUUCCUACCAUUCUGACCUUCAAGUACCUAUUGCAGGAUGCUCUGAAAGGUUUUGAGAUUGGGUGUUGUUGUGUGAGCACAUUGUAUAACAUUUUGAAGGCAAAGAUGUCUAACACAAGCAUCAACGAUAAUGAGGUUGACAUCGUGAUUGCGGCAAUCAACUCCGACCUGGAGCCAUUCAUGAAUGAAUGGAGACCAGUAUUCUCCCAGUUCCACCUGAUUAUUGUCAAAGACCCUGAUAUGAAUGGGGAGCUCCACAUUCCGGAAGGGUUUAAUGUGGAUGUCUUUACUAAGUCUGACAUAGACCGAGUGGUGGGCUCUUCCACUUCCAUUCUCUUCUCUGGUUACUCGUGCAGGUACUUUGGUUAUCUAGUAUCGCGGAAAAAAUAUAUUAUCUCAAUUGAUGAUGAUUGCAUUCCCGCUAGGGACACAAAUGGUGAUUUAGUAGAUGUAGUGGCACAGCAUAUUGCCAAUCUUCAAGCUCCAGCGACACCUUUCUUUUUUAACACACUCUAUGAUCCUUACCGGAAAGGGGCAGAUUUUGUUCGUGGUUACCCAUUUAGCCUGAGGAGUGGGGUUACAUGUGCGCUAUCAUGUGGACUGUGGCUUAAUUUGGCAGACUAUGAUGCACCAACACAGGCCCUCAAGCCAGAGCAGAGGAAUUCUCGAUAUGUGGAUGCUGUAAUGACUGUUCCAGUGAGAUCCUUAAUGCCUGUAAGUGGUAUCAACAUUGCUUUCAAUCGUGAGGUGGUGGGGCCAGCUUUGUUCCCGGCUUUGAGGUUGGCAGGGGAAGGAAAGUUGAGGUGGGAGACAGUGGAAGAUAUAUGGUCUGGAAUGUGUGUUAAGGUUAUAUGUGAUCACCUGGGACUUGGUGUAAAAAGUGGGAUACCUUAUGUAUGGAGAAGGGAAAGAGGUGAUGCCAUUGAAAGCUUGAAGAAAGAGUGGGAAGGGGUGAAGCUGAUGGAGGAGGUGGUUCCUUUCUUUCAGUCGGUUAGGUUACCCCAAACAGCUGUUACAGCAGAAGACUGUGUUGUCGAUAUGGCAAAGUCGGUGAAGGAGCAGUUGGGAAAGGUAGAUCCUAUGUUUGCUCGUGCUGCUGAUGCCAUGGGGGAUUGGGUGAAGCUCUGGAAGUCAGUGGGAUCCAGCUCACCUGGAGUUUAA